AUGGACCACCUCGACUUCAACUCCCAUGACUCCCACUUCGACUUUGGGGCGGCCUUCAGUGGUAACGACCCGCGAGCCCACUCGUACCCGCCCUUCGUGCACUCCUCCGGCCCCAAGUACGACGACGCCUGGUCGUCUCUCGGCCUCGACGGGAUAGAGCAGGGCGACGACAUGUCUCAACAACACCACCACCACGCGCAGCAGUCUUACAUGGCCUCGGGCUCGAGUCAGCAGCACCAACAACACCAGCAGCAUGUCCGUCCACAGCAAAGCCGGCCGGGCAGCAGUCAUGCCGCGAUGGGGAUGCAGAACCCCGGUCUCGACCUGGAGUAUGCCAACAUGAUGCCGAAUGCAUGGCAGUUCCAGAUGCAGCAUGCCACACACCCACACCACCAACAUCAGCACCACCACCAUGGACACCACUUUGGUCUGCAGGACAACAGCGCGAUGAACAUGAACGCGUACAACCAGGCCUCGUUUGGAGCACAACUGCAAACUUCGCCAGUCGACUUCAUGCCCGCUACCGCUGCCGACAGCUAUGCGGUCUCCGCCGGCAUGGACCCCACCACUUUCAUGACCAUGGCUGGCCCAAUGGACUCCAUGAGUGCGCUCGUCUUCCCGCUGAACGACUACCAGAACGACAUGACCUUCCCGUCGAUGGCUCUCAACAACGCAGCACUACAACAACACGCUCUCAACCAGCAAGCGGUCGAGUCCGCGCAGUCCAGCAUACCCGGCAGUUCGCCAACUGGUACUAUCUACGAAGUGCAGUCAGUGUCGGAUAACGAAUGGUCCAUGGUCAACUACCAGAACACCAACCGCCACUCUCUUGACUCCUUCGGCACCGUGUCAAACCCCAGCCAAAAUCUGCACAUCCGCACCAACUCGGAUUCGUCAGCAUCAGACGGUCCAAACUCGGCGGAUCUGUCCGGCAGCUACGAGGAGAUCCCACCGUGGCCUCUCACUUCGCCUCAUGAGCUCCAUGGAAGCGACUACCUGGACUCGCAAUACAUCCAACAGCAGACUCACGGCCUUCCUGCUGCCGGCCCGCAUCGGUCACCCUCGUCCUCACUUGCGGUCAGCCCCACCGUCAACGCAGCGACUUCAUACCGGUCUUCUGGCUCUUCAUCGACAUCACCGACCUCUUCCGGACCCACCUCACCUCCUCUUCGCCGGCGCAAGUCUCCUCUUGAUGGUAAGACCACCAAGGCUGUCAUCAAGAAGACUUCGCACAGCACUCGCAAGGACUCCACCACCGAGAAGAAGGUUGGCCGAAGACGUGGUCCUCUGCGUCCCGAUCAGCGUCAACAAGCGCACGAGAUCCGCAAACUUCGUGCCUGCUUACGGUGCAAGUUCUUGAAGAAGACCUGUGACAAGGGAGAGCCUUGUGGUGGUUGCCGGCCAAGCCACGCCCGGUUAUGGCAGGUGCCUUGUACCCGUAUGGACAUCAAGGACAUUGCAUACUUCAUGAAAGACUGGAAAGCAGACUACGAGCGCCACAUCAGCCUUGGCUUCAGCGUCGGCAACAUCAAAGGCUUUAGCUCGAUGGAGCGUACACUGUACAUCACUCACGGCUAUGGCCACUAUUUACCCAUCAACGCUCGUGAGGUGUUCGUUCGCGAUGACAAAUGCUUCGGCAUGGAUUGGGUCGAGUCUGCUCACGAGACGCCACAAGAGUUCGAGAUCAACACGGCCAAGCUCUCCGCGGGCAUGGAAGGUGUCAGCACGACUCUCUUGUCUGAGUACCUUGACCGCCAUCUCGACCAGGGCUUUGAAGCCUUCGUUGACGAGUACUUUGACGGCACCGUCUUCGUCACUGAAAUCCUCAAGACCGCCUUCCGCUACUACCAGCGCGAGAAGACGCCUUCAAUACGCAAGGCGCUCAAACUUGUGCUGGCGUACAACCUCACCCUCCAUGUCACCAUGGUCGAAGGUCUGUCGGAAGAGGAGCAGUUCCAAGGCAAGAUUGACGAUGAUCGGUCAAAGUUCGCCGGCAAGACGGUGGCACCAGUCAUGAUCAACUUCCAGGUCAAAUGUGCGUUGGCGGAUAUGUGGCGUGAGCUGCAGAAGGACAUUCUCGAGGAGCUGUCCACCCUGUACAGCUCAGUCUACUCUGGUGACAAGCUGAAGAACUGGCCGACCAUCUUCAUGCUGGCUGCCAUCCUGCUGGCGAUUUGGGAGGAGAUGCAGUUCGACUGCCAUUACCGCGUGCCGGACGACAAGGCUGUGAACAAGUUCUGCGACGAGAUGGAGACGACGCCUGUUGGUGUCAUCGUCGGCUUGUUCCAAGCCAUCUCCACCAAGCUGCCUGGUCUGCAGGAGUGGGAUACGAGGAAGCAUCAUCAUCUGCUUGGCUCGAACCCCGCGGUGUGCGAUGCUUUGACAGAGGUCAAGGGACAUGUGAACCGAUACGAAUCCUACCUCAAAGAACGCUCGACGACUGCCAAGUUCGACCGCCGGGACUUUGACUGCCUGAGCAACAAGUUCUUGAGCAAGCUGGUCAUCCGCGCCAACUAG